CAAGUCCCUCCCCCAGAGUGCAGGCAGCUGGGCGGAGCCUAGGGCGGAGCCUAAGGCCGAGCCCUGUCCAGGGAUCGCAGGUGGAAGGAGGGAGCCAGGUGGACUGAGCAGAGCUUCCGAUUCCUGAAGUGACUUCAUCUGGGAAAACAUGGCUGACAUUGGUUCAUUGUCUUGAUUUGCCAGCCACGUGACCUUGGACAAGUCAGUUUCUUCAUUUGUAAUGAGGAUAAUAAUAGUUCAUCUAGUCUAAAGAUGGAUUUUAAAAUUGAACACACUUGGGAUGGUUCUCCCGUGAAGCAUGAGCCAGUGUUUGUGAGGCUGAAUCCAGGUGACAGAGGAGUGAUGUUGAAAGUUAGUGCUCCAUUUUUCAAUGAUCCUCCAGCUCCACUUGGGGAACCAGGAAAACCUUUCAAUGAACUGUGGGAUUAUGAAGUUGUGGAAACAUUUUUCUUGAAUGACAUAACGGAACAGUACUUAGAAGUUGAACUUUGCCCCCAUGGACAGCAUUUGGUGCUUUUAUUAUCUGGAAGAAGAAAUGUGUGGAAACAAGAACUUGCUCUAUCAUUCGAAGUGUCCAGAGGAGAGACAAAAUGGGAAGGCAGAGCUUAUCUUCCUUGGAGUUAUUUUCCACCAAAUGUGACAAAAUUCAAUUCAUUUGCCAUUCAUGGAUCAAAGGAUAAAAGAAGCUAUGAGGCUCUUUACCCUGUACCUCAGCAUGCACUGCAACCAGGACAAAAACCUGAUUUCCAUCGUCUAGAAUACUUCAAACCUUUCAGUUUUAACACCCUGCUUGGAGAAGACUGGAAACAGCCAGAAGCCAGCCUGUGGCCCACAGGGACACCAGAUGUAUAGGAGUGCAGCAGACGACCAUAGCGAUCAUUUCUUCUCUGUAACUUUUAAGAAUGAAUCCCUGAUGUAACACAUUAGCUACAUUGUGUCAAUGAGGAGCCAACCCAAGGAUAGCUGAGUGGAAAGACAAAGAAGCCUGGGUUCCCAACAGCACAGUGGAGUAAGCUAUCUGGAGGGAAUACGCUGUCUAAUUGGUUUCUCCGAAGUCAUCUAUAGAUUCAAUGCAAUCUCGGUUAAAAAUCCUACAAGGUUUCUUUUGGGGGGUGGGGGGAGGAAUUGACAAGCUGAUUCAAAUUUUAUGUGGAAAUGCAAAGAACCUUAGCCAAAACAAUUUUGAAACUUAAUAAAGUUGGAGGACUUAUACUACCUGAAUCUUUAGACAAAUACAUCAUGGAAUAAGAAUAGAGAAACCAGAAAGAGAACUAUAUAGAGUCCGUUGAUUUGUGACAAAGGUGCCAGUGUAUUGAAAAGGAA